AUCCGUAGAGUAGUAAGUAUGCUGAUAUUCAGGAAGACAGCAGGAGCUUUUGCCAACCCACCAAAGAGGAACGUGUAAGGGUUUUUUAGAAGUCUUCGUGUUUCUCCUGGAGUUCUUUCUCCUCCUAAGCUGGUCCUGGGGAUCGAAACCAGCUGUGACGACACAGCCGCUGCCGUGGUGGAUGAAGCUGGCCGCGUGUGGGGAGAAGCCUUGUAUUCCCAGACCCAAGUGCAUUUGAAAACAGGCGGAAUUGUUCCUCCAGUAGCUCAACAGCUUCACAGAGAAAAUAUUGAGGGAAUAGUAGAAGAAGCCCUUUCAGCCGGCAGAGUCUCGCCACGUGACCUCUCGGCGAUCGCAACCACCGUCAAACCAGGACUGGCUCUGAGCCUGGGCGUAGGCUUAUCAUUCAGCCUACAGCUAGUAAACCAGUUUAAAAAGCCCUUCAUUCCUAUCCACCACAUGGAGGCUCAUGCGCUUACCAUCCGACUGACCAACCAAGUAGAAUUUCCUUUUCUAGUUCUUUUGAUUUCUGGAGGUCACUGCCUGUUGGCCUUGGUCCGCGGUGUUUCAGAUUUCCUGCUUCUUGGGAAGUCUUUGGACAUAGCACCAGGUGACAUGCUUGACAAGGUGGCAAGAAGACUUUCUUUAAUCAAUCGUCCGGAAUAUUCUACGAUGAGCGGUGGGAAGGCUAUAGAACAUUUGGCCAAAGAAGGAGAUCGAUUCCAUUUUACCCUCAGUCCUCCCAUGCAGAAUGCUAAGAACUGCAAUUUUUCUUUUACGGGACUUCAGCAUGUUAUCGAUAAGCUAAUCCAAAGGAAGGAGAAGGAAGAAGGCAUCGAGAAGGGGCAAAUCCUGUCUUCCGCCGCAGACAUUGCCGCUGCGGUGCAGCACGUGACCGCACGCCACCUUGCCACGAGAACGCAGCGCGCUAUUCUGUUUUGCCAGCAGAGAGGGUUGUUACCGCCAGCGAACGCAGUAUUAGUUGUGUCUGGAGGUGUUGCGAGUAACUCGUACAUCCGAAGAGCUCUGGAAAUUGUAGCAAACGCAACGCAGUGCACUUCGCUGAGCCCUCCGCCAAGACUGUGCUCGGAUAAUGGCGUUAUGAUCGCGUGGAAUGGGAUUGAAAGAUUGCGUGCCGGCUUGGGCGUUUUACAUGACGUAGAAAACUUCCGGUAUGAGCCAAAAUGCCCUCUUGGAGUAGACAUAUCCCAAGACGUCGCAGAAGCUGCCAUAAAAGUCCCACAGUUAAAAAUGACCAUUUGACUUGUGAUUUUUAAAGGGUUUUACAGAUAUGGGUGACAAAAAACGAACCAACAGUUGCUACCUACAGUUGGCGCCCAAAUGGGCACGAACCCACGAUCCUGGGUAGGGAAACGAGUGAGUAGUCUCUCUUUACAGAAGUGGACAUGAACUUAUGUUCCCUAACCAACAAACUGUCUCCAACUGAUAAUCCACUUGCAAAGGAAAGAUGAUUUUUCUCCAGUGGAGUCUAACUGGCUAUAUGAGCCACACUUGGGGAUAGGCUCUAUGCCCAGCAGUAGAUGACCAACACAGAGUGAACUCACUCAAUAGUAUUUUUGUAGACUUUUUGUCUCUCAUGGCUUUGUUUGGGCAUUUUUGUUUGUUUUACUGUUCUUUUGCCUUUAUAAUGUGGUUCCAAGUUCGUGUUUGUGUGAGGUUUGUGUGUGUGUGUGUCUUUUAUGUUUUUUUUUAAAUUCUAGUUUAUUUGGAGGGUUUGUCAUUUGCUUAUUUGUUCUCUAAAGAGAAAAAGAAAAGUUGUGGAGGUGACUGGGCAGGGGAGUGUGGAGAGGAGAAACCGCUAGACUAUUUUAUUAAAAUUUAUUUCAACAAAAUAUAUUUUUUUUAAAGUUGGCAGUGAUUCUUCAGGAGAAAUACUGUUGUCAGGAUAAUCUGGCUAGUUUCUCAGAAAGUGUCUGUGGUUGUAUACGAAAUAUCUUGAGCCCACCUGAAGCUACCUCAAGGCUUGGUUGUUCGUGAUUAGAGGCUUAAUAAUAAAAUUAAUAAACUUCAAGAAUUACCCUUAAUGACACUGAGAAAAUGAGGGUGUCUUAUCAUUUGAUAACUUCUUAACUUUUUGGUGGGUUUUACUUUGUUUUGUUUGUUUUUUUGUUUUUCAAGACAGGAUUUCUUCGUGUGGCUUUGACUGACCUGGAACUCACUCUGUUUUGUUUUUGGUUUUUGGUUUUUCAAGACAGGACAAAUGGAGAUCCCAAGCUAAAGCU